AAAAGAACUUUAAAUAAACGUAAUCCGCUCAACAUUUCGCCAUUUACACGAAUAAAAUUGAGCGUAAUUAUCCAAAUUGCACUUUACAAAGAACUUGCAAAUAAGAGAGAAGGAAAGAGUUAGAGGAUUGAGCAAAGAGUAGCACCGGAAGAAAGCAAAUAUCCAUCCAAAAAUAACAAACAAACACACAGAGGGAGAGACAGCGAAAGCCCCGGCAGCAGCAUCAGCAGCAGCUGAAUAAAUAAAUCAUAAGCUCGCAGAACGCGUAAAGCUCAGCUUCAACCUGGCGAAUCGCAACGGCAACAAUAACAACAACAGAGCCGAUGCCGCCGCUGGUGGCGCUGCCGCUGUAGCCGCCGCUGGCCGCAACAAUAACAAUAAUGCAGCUGCCGCUGGUGGAGCUGCUGCUGGAGGCGCUGGCGCCGAUGCAAAUGCGGCCAACGGCGGUGGCGGCGGCAACGAGUGGAAUCCCGAGGAAAUGGAUCGUUUCAGCUUUGACGACUCCAUACGCUUCGAAGAGGAUUCUCUCUGCAGCUGGAGUUCGGAGGCUGAAUCGUUGUGCAACAAUUGGCGUGGCUGGAAGAAGCCAACCAAUGGCACCACCGGCCCUGGUCUGGGCAAUGGUAAUGGCAAUGGCUUAGGUCCACUUGCGGCCAACAGCAAUAGCAAUUCUGGUGGCGCAUUCGGUGUGGCGGGAUGCAGUGCACCUGGCACAGGCAGCAACGGUGGCAUGUCCAGCUCAGCCUCCAUGGCGUUUGGUGUUCAGUGUGGACGCCAGUUUGAUGUCUCGUCGCUGACCGAGCUUGCGGCACGCUGUGUUGCCUCGUACAUACCAUUCGAGCUGGUCGAGCAUGUCUAUCCGCCCGUGCCAGAGCAGCUGCAGCUGCGUAUUGCAUUCUGGAGCUUUCCGGACAACGAGGAGGACAUACGAUUGUACUCGUGUCUGGCCAACAGUUCGGCCGAUGAGUUUCAUCGUGGCGAUCAGCUGUUUCGCAUGCGCGCCGUCAAGGAUCCGCUACAGAUAGGCUUUCAUCUGUCUGCCAGCGUUGUGAGCCAAACGCCGCGCACCUUCUUCAAUGUGGCCGUCACAUUCGAUCGCCGGCGGAUCUCCUCGUGCAACUGCACCUGCACCUCCUCGGCGUACUGGUGCUCCCAUGUGGUGGCCGUCUGCCUGCACCGCAUCCAUUGUCCCCUGGAGGUGUGCUUGCGUGCACCUGUCUCCGAGUCGCUGACUCGCCUGCAGCGCGACCAAUUGCAAAAGUUCGCCCAGUAUCUGAUCAGUGAGUUGCCGCAGCAGAUAUUGCCCACAGCGCAGCGGCUGCUCGACGAGCUGCUCAGCGCCCAGCCGACGGCAAUCAAUACAGUUUGCGGCGCACCAGAUCCCACGGCGGGUGCCUCCAUAAAUGAUCAGACCAGCUGGUAUCUAGACGAGAAGACGCUCCACAACAACAUCAAUCGAAUACUCAUCAAAUUCAUAAUGCCGGCGCCAAUCGUUUUCAGCGAUGUCAACUACUUGACCAAUUCGGCACCACCGGCGGCCGCUGAAUGGAGCUCGCUGCUGCGUCCGUUGCGUGGACGCGAGCCGGAGGGCAUGUGGAAUCUCUUGUCCAUAGUGCGCGAGAUGUACAGACGCUGCGAUCGGAAUGCCGUGCGUCUGCUGGAGAUCAUAACGGAGGAGUGCAUGGCCUGCGAUCAGAUGCUGAUAUGGUGGUUCCAGACCAAGCUGGCGCUCAUGAUGGGCUCCCAUGGCCACAGCGGUGGCAAGCACUCCAAUACGCACUCGAACUCCACAGCGCUGCAGCACGCGUGCAGCUCGCUCUGCGAUGAAAUUGUCGCCCUGUGGCGUCUGGCUGCACUGAAUCCGGGACUGGCGCCCGACGAGCGCGACAUGCUGCACGCCCAGUUCACGGCCUGGCAUCUGAAGAUACUCGAUCGUGUGGUGAAGAGUCGCAUGAUGCCGUCGUCGUACACGAACAAGCACCAGCAGAACUCCCGAUCCGAAACGGAGCUGUUCAUUGGCUUCAAGCCGGCCAUUGAGGCAUGCUAUUUGGACUGGGAGGACUAUCCGAUAGCGGGCGUCACGCACACCCACGACACCAAUCCCAUUUACUAUUCACCGUUCACAUGCUUCAAGCACACGGAUGCCAAGGGCGAUGCCUGCGGCACCAGCACCACCAGCCAGCUGAACGCCACCCAGGCGCUGAUGAGCAACAACAAGCACUAUAAUUACUUCAGCACCUCCAACGAUCAUGGCAUGCAUGCGGGCGCCUUCAAGCAGCGUGCGGAGCGUAGCGCCUAUCGUGAACGCUUCGAUGCCAGCGGUGCUGAGCUGUUCGGCUCGCCCAAUGAGCCGCCGUCCAUAAACGCUGUCAUGAUGCUGGCCCAAGUGAAUGCCGCCUGCGGCAUGGGCGUCGAUCGUGAUGCCAUUGGACUGGGCGCCAGCUCACAGCAGCAACAACAGCAGCAACAACAGCAGCAACAACAGCAGCAACAGCAACAGCAGCAACAACAGCAACAGCAACAUCAGCUCGCAGGCGCUGUUGGGACAUCCAAGUCGAAUGCUUCAGGCUCUGUGGCAGGCGGCGUUGGCGUCGGCGUUGGCGGAGGCGAUGGCAAUCGUUCGAGUGCCAGCAGCGAGGGAUUCUGUGAGAACGAAGAUUUCGGCGGCGACAACAGCAGCAGCCUGAACUAUUGCACGGAACGUGCGACGGCUGGCGUGUCAGGGCAGAAAUCGCUAACCGAGUCCGAUUCGCAAAGCAGCUUCGAUGCCGUCUCGCAGCAGAGCAAGGAUCUGCCCAUGUCUGUUGCUGCGGGCGUGGCAGGCGCCGGUAAUGUUGUUGUUGUCGGACCGGGCACACCCGACUAUAGACAACAGGCGGGCGGCUCCACGUCGGAUACCUCGUCGGCAUCGUCGGCCUCGUCAUCGGCAUCAACGGGAUCGGGCAGCAGCAACAGCUCCAGCUCAUCCAUGCUGAAAACAGCUGCAACGGCUCAGCAGCAGCAACAGCAACAGCAGCAGCAGCAGGUGUCACGUCGCCUGUCCAAGGACGAAUCAUUUAGCAGCAGCAGCGAUGAGUUCAUUCCAGUUGUGGGUGCGCCCAUUGCAGCGGCAGGAGCAGCAUCGGCAGCUGCAACUGGCGGUGAUUCGACGCCAGUGCCCAGCACUUCAGCAGCAGCACGCGCCGCAUUGGCAGCAGCAACAAUUGCACAGCAAUCAACAGCAACACCAACUGCAGCUGCUGCUGGUUCUAGUGCUGCUCCUGCUGCUGGAGGCACGGCAGCCAUGGAACAGCCUUGCUGCAGCAGCAGCAUCGCCGGCGCCGGCGCCAGCAGCAGCAGUGGGACACGCGGCGCCAUGGCUGGCGAUAACAAGCAGCCGCACAUCUUCUCGAAUGUACGCCCCUCGGAGGACGCGUGGGACAUAUUGUUGGCACGGGCGGAGGGCUUGCACGCCCAUGGGCAUGGUCGUGAGGCGUGCAUCUUGGCCGUGCGCCUGGCCGAACAGAUGCUGGCCAAUCCGCCCAACCUGCUGAUGGAGCUGCCUCCGGCGCCCAAGCGCAAGGGCAAGAAACAGAACGUGAAUCCCAUAUCGCAUCAGUUGACAGUGGUGGCCUCGUCGACGCUCUCCAAGUGCGCCUUCCUGUGCACCGUGCUCUCCGAGAACUCGGAGCACUAUCACAUCGGCUUUCGCAUCUGUUUGUUUGCCCUGGAGAUGCCCCGACCGCCGGCCAGCACCAAGCCGCUCGAGGUGAAGCUGGCCAACCAGGAGGCGGACAUAUUGGCGCUGCUGAAGCGCCUGCCCCUGGGCGCGGCCGAGCUGCAGGUGAUCCGCGAACGGGCCGAGCAGCUGCGCAGCGGCACCUUCAAGUCGCGCGGCGAGGCCCUGCUGCCCAUCAACCUGGCCACAUUCAUCUUUGAUGCACUGGUCACGCCCGGCGUGCCCAAACUGCCAAUCGGUUACGGCGUCUCCAGCGAUCCGACGCGCCGCCCCAGCACAUCGACGACGCUGUACAAGCUGAGCGAGGAGAACAUGGGCUUCGAGGCCGCCGUGGCGGCAUUGGGCCUGAAGGCCAACGUCUCGGAGGCGGAGCAUCCGCUGCUCUGCGAGGGCACGCGACGGCAGCGCGGCGAUUUGGCACUGACGCUGCUCUACCACUACAAGGACGAGCCGCGCAAGAUAGCCAAGAUUAUGGAGAAGCUACUGGACCGGGACAUACACACGCUGCUGAAGACGCCGCUGCUGCCCUCCUACUACUCCAACCAUCCGCCGGUGCGCACGCCCAGCCAGCAGCCCUUGCGGCGGGAUCACGAUCACGAAUAUGGUGCCAGCGCGGCAAUGGGUGCUGGCAACAGUGGUGGUGGCGGCGGAGGAAGUGGCGGCAGCGGUGGUGGCAAUGGCGGUGGUGGUGGUGGCGGUGGUGCGGCCGCUGCUGCUGCCUUCAAUCUGUGCGAGCUGCUGCCCAACGACUACGGCAGUGUGGGCGGCAACAGUCGACCCCACAGCUCGACCAGCGCCGAGCUGGAGCUGAGCAUGUGCGCCCUGAGCAUGGCCAGCAGCAGCAAUCAGUCGUGCAGCAGCAACAACAACGGCCAGGGACAGGGACAGGGCCAGGGUCAGGGUCUGGUGGCCUGCCAGAGCGGCGGGCAGCCGAAUGGAGGCAAUGGCGGUGGCAGUGCCAGCAAUCCGGCUGGCGGAGCAGGUGCAGCUGGCGGAGCAGCCGCAGUUGGUCAGAACAAUGGCAAUGGCAAUGGCAAUUCGGCCGGCGGCAAUGGCAACUCGGCCAGCGGCAGCAACAGCAAUCCGAACAAUGCGAGCAGCAGCAGCCGGAGCAAGGAGAGCCGCUACAAGGGCAAGCGCGCCUAUCCCUCGAUACCCAAUCAGCCGUCGGAGGCGAGCGCCCACUUCAUGUUCGAGCUGGCCAAGAAUGUGCUGACCAAGGCCGGCGGCAACAGCUCCACGUCGCUGUUCACCCAAGCCAGCACCACACAGAAUCACCAUGGACCGCACCGGGCGCUGCAGAUGUGCGCCUUCCAGCUGGGCCUCUAUGCGCUCGGCCUGCACAACUGCGUCAGUCCGAAUUGGCUGUCGCGCACGUACUCGUCGCACGUGUCCUGGAUACUGGGCCAGGCCAUGGAGAUUGGUGCGCCGGCGAUUAGUUUUCUGAUUGACACGUGGGAGGCGCAUCUGACGCCGCCAGAGGCAGCCGGCAUGGCGGAUCGUGCGUCGCGCGGCUGGGACAACAACAUGGUCUAUCCGGCCGCCGAGCUGGCGCUCUCUGUGCUGCCCCAUGCGGCCGCCCUCAAUCCCAAUGAGAUACAGCGCGCGAUACUGCAGUGCAAGGAGCAGAGCGAUCUGAUGCUGGAGCGUGCCUGCCUCACCGUCGAGACGGCCGCCAAGGGCGGCGGCGUCUAUCCAGAGGUACUAUUCCAGGUGGCGCGCUACUGGUACGAGCUCUACACCCGCAACUCGCCCAACAACUCGGGCGGGGAUCACGAACAGCACGAGGAUCAGCUGGAGCAUUCGGCUGUCAAUCUGAGUGCGCUCAUCGAGUCGCAGCAGCAGCACGAGCUGCAGCAACAGCAACAGUUGCAGCAGCAGCAACAGCAACAGCAGCAACAACAACAGCAGCAACAACAACAGCAACAGCAGCAGCAACAACAACAGCAGCUAAUGAGCGCCGCUGCUGGUGGAGCUGGUGGCCCAUUGGCGGGUCCACCUGUGGUCAAUGCGGCGCCGCAACAAUUCCAGCCAAACGUGGCCGCCUUGACGCCCAUCAACCUGGCGCCGUACGGGCCGUACACGUUCUGCCAGAGCAUCUAUGCGCAUCAUCACAAUCUCAGCUAUCCGCCCGGCCAGAUGCAGAUGUACAUUUCGGCUGGUCCGCCACCGCCGCCACAGCCGCUCUAUACGAGCUACUCGCAGCAGCAGCAACAGCCGCCGCCACCGCCGCAGGGCGCACAGCAGCAACAGCAUGUGCAGCAGCAACAGCAGCAGCAACAACAGCAGCAGCAGCAACAGUCGUUGGUGGCGGCAUCAGGUGUGGUGCAUGCAGCACCGCCCGGUCAUCAGCCACCGCCAGCGUUCCAGGCGCCACCACCGGGCGCCUUUCAGCCACUGCCGCCACAGGCAUACCAGGCACUGCAGGGAGGUCCGCCCGGGCCGCCCAUGGGUCCAAUGGCGCCCACCUAUUACGGGCCACCGCCGCCGCCGCCACCAAACGGACCGCCCGGCGGCGGUGUUGGCGUACCAUUGCGCCAGCAUCCUGCCCAGCAUCCAGCACAGCAUCCGGCACAGCAUCCAGCACAGCAUCCAUCGCAGCAUCCCGUCUAUCCGUUCAUGCAGCAACAGCCGCCACCACCGCCACCGCAGCACCAGCAGCAGCCGCCGCCGCCAACACAGCCGCCAGUGCGUCAGCGUCAACAGCAUCAGUUCACAUCCACGCAGCUGCGCUAUCUGCUGGCCGCCUACAAUGUGGGCAUGCUGGCCAUGGAGACACUGGCGCGACGCGUCCACGACGAUCGGCCGCAGGCAAAGUACGCCAGGAAUCCUCCGUACGGCGAGGACGUCAAGUGGCUGCUGCGCAUCAGCAAGAAGCUGGGCACACAGUAUCUGCAUCAGUUCUGCGUCUGUGCAGUGAACUCGAUCGUGAGUCCCUUUGUGCUGCACGACGUGGCCAUCGAGUCGGCCCACUAUCUGGGCCGGAACAAUCAUCAGUUGGUCAUGCAGCAUCUGCGCUCGGCCCUGACGCCCCUGGUGCAGAAAUGCCAGCAAAUGUAUAUCCAGUGCAUCCACCAGAAGCUGUACCAUCUAACCCAAGGCGACUACGAGGAGUUUGCCAGCAUUGUGGUUGCCGCCCGCGCGGCCUUCCAGAUCACUCCCGAGGGCAAUGCCCAGUUCAAGGAUUGGCUGCAGUCGAUCAAGCGAUCGAAGUCGUGCAAGAAGGAGCUGUGGACACAGAUCAAUGCGGCGCUACAAAGCAAUUCCAAAUGACAAAGACUUGACUCCUGCAAUCUGAUGACGGCAACGGUUGCGGCUGCAGCGGCUGCUGCUGCUGCCGCUGUUGCGACAA